AGGAACAUAUAGGAAGAAAGCGCACAACGCACUAAGGGGAGGAGUGUGUCUCCUUGUUGAUUGUGUAAUUAAAUAAUAAUAAUAAUAAAAAAAAUCUUAAGUCUGAUUUGGAAAGCUGAAACGGUGCAGAGGGUGUAACCGGUGCUGUGUGCCUGGAGUUGGAGAGAGGGAGAGAGCGACAGAGAGGGAGUAAGGGAGAGAGAGCAGAGAGAGCUAAUGCGAGCCUUGCAGCACAUGCUUAUUGGGAGCUAUAGAUAAUGCAUCAUCCCAUCACUCCUUUUAUUAUCGAUACGAUAUAAAGAGCCUGCAGAAGCGCACAAUACUGACUGGUGAGAGCCGGCCAAGCGGAGCCUUCAUCCAACCCCAAUUACUCAUCGUCUUCUUCUUCCUGGGAAGUUUGCAGGAUCGCACGAGUAGCGGCUGCAGCUCGGGGAAGAGCGCUUUGCCCAUGAAAGCAAGGGAGAGGGCGGGCACACCAUAGAGCCGCGUUGCGGUGCCACCUUAAGAGUGCCAGCCUGAGCGAGCAGCAGAAAAGCCUUAGCCGGCCUUUGCACAAGCCGGGCGGACUUAAGGAAGACCGUUCCACAGGGGAUCGUGCAGAGAGAGAGAGAGCGUUUUUCUAUUUAGCCCCUGAUGCCAAUGUACAAUGUAUAGGUGAACUUUCUGGAUGCUGUUCGGGAGAUCGCCUCAAGCCAAGCCAUGAUGUAUUCUCCUAUCUGCCUGACUCAGAAAACGGUGUCACUCAUUAAGGCUCCCUCCCUCCCAACCUAUCUCGGAGACACUAGUAUUUUAUCGAAUGUCUAUGGCAGUCCAUUGCUACAGGAGACGUUAGAAGAACGUUUCCCCGCACCGUUCUCCCCAGUGGAUGAAUUCCAUCCAUUUAUCGAGGCACUUCUUCCACAUGUCCGUGCAAUUGCCUAUACUUGGUUCAACCUCCAAGCCCGAAAACGCAAGUACUUCAAGAAGCAUGAGAAGCGGAUGUCAAAGGAUGAAGAAAGGGCAGUCAAGGAUGAACUGUUAAGCGAGAAGCCAGAAAUCAAACAAAAAUGGGCGUCCAGGCUCCUGGCCAAACUGCGCAAAGACAUCCGCCAGGAGUACCGUGAGGAUUUUGUGCUCACUGUAACGGGAAAGAAGCACCCCUGCUGCGUGCUAUCCAACCCUGACCAGAAAGGCAAGAUCAGGCGGAUCGACUGUCUGCGGCAGGCCGACAAGGUCUGGCGCCUGGAUCUGGUCAUGGUCAUCCUCUUUAAAGGCAUACCCCUGGAAAGUACGGAUGGGGAGCGACUUGUCAAAUCUCCACAUUGCACCAACCCUGCACUUUGCGUCCAGCCACAUCAUAUAACGGUAUCGGUCAAGGAGCUUGAUUUGUUCUUGGCAUACUACGUACAGGACCAAGAUCCUGGACAAUCAGGAAGUCCAAGCCACAAUGAUCCUGCCAAGAAUCCACCAGGGUACCUUGAAGACAGUUUUGUUAAAUCUGGAGUCUUUAAUGUCUCUGAACUUGUGCGAGUUUCUCGAACACCCAUAACACAGGGUUCUGGAGUGAAUUUCCCAAUUGGAGAGCCACUAAGCCAGCCAUACUACCAUGAUAUGAACUCAACAGUUAGCUUACAGAGGUCAUUGUCCUCUCCACCGAGCAGCAAACGACCCAAGACCAUUUCUAUAGAUGAGAACAUGGAACCAAGCCCAACAGGGGAUUUUUACCCUUCUCCAAACUCACCAGCAGCGGGAAGUAGGACAUGGCAUGACCGAGAUCAAGAUAUGUCCUCUCCCACAAUGAAGAAACCUGAAAAGCCAUUGUUUAGCCCGACAUCUCCACAGGAUUCUUCAUCAAGAUUGAGCAGUUUUCCACAGCAUCACCAUCCAGGAAUCCCAGGAGUAGGACAUAGUGUCAUCUCAACCAGGACGUCACCCUCCCCUUUGCCAUUUUCAGCACAAGCAAUUCUUCCUCCUGCCCCAUCCUCCUACUUUUCUCAUCCCACGAUCAGAUAUCCUCCUCACCUGAACCCUCAGGAUGCCUUGAAAAACUACGUUCCUUCUUAUGACCCGUCCAGCCCUCAAACAAGCCAGCCUAACAGCAGCGGGCAAGUUGUUGGAAAGGUUCCUGGCCACUUUACUCCUGUGUUGGCGCCAUCCCCACACCAUGGUGCAGUGAGGCCAGUUACCCUAACCAUGACAGACACUAAACCCAUUACUACAUCCACUGAAGCCUAUACAGCCUCGGGCACAUCGCAAGCUAACAGAUAUGUGGGACUGAGCCCACGAGAUCCAGCCUUCCUACACCAGCAACAGCUGAGGAUUUGUGACUGGACCAUGAAUCAAAACGGCAGGCAUUUAUACCCCAGUGCCAGUGACGAUACAUUGGGAAUAACUUGGCAAAGUCCUGGUACCUGGGCUAGUUUGGUUCCUUUUCAAGUAUCGAACAGGACAGCAAUCCUGCCAAGCAGUGUCCAAAAUUAUGGACUGAAUUUCCUUGGAGAACCCUUUCUUCAAGCGGAAACAAGCAACUGAGGAAAAUUUAAAAAAAAUAAAUAAAUAAAACUGAACAAAGAGAAGAAAGGAUGACAGGACAAAAAAAAACAAAAUGAAAAAAAAAACUUUUAAAAAAAACUUAUGAAAGAGAAGAUAAAUUGACCAGCAUUUGCAGCACUUACAAUCACUGAUUCCUUUAACCUUUUUAAGUACUUGCAGGACCUGUGACACAUUGCAAAGCAAUGCUUUCCAGGCCUCUUGAAACAUAAGGGGUUAACGCAGAAGCAGUCAUGACACUGAGAGGGUGGCAAAUAUAUUUUCACAGAUGGGUAGAAUGGAGCUCCUGCUAAACUAGCCUUUGUUAUCUGAUGUCUGCUGGGAAAUAGGCACUCUUUCUCCACGACCGUAUAUUUUAUAUGAAUUUUCUAGAUGCCUUAAUAAUUGCAUGAUAAGCUAGUCCUGUUUGGUUUUAGUCUUCUUGUUGUUUACGCAUGGGAACAUUUUCCCAGUUUUUCUCAUGAAACAAAGGCUGUGAGGUAGCAACAAAGCUGCGAAAACUGGCCUCAGGGCCUUCCCCCCCACCUACAAAUCAACUUGUUUUUAAAGGUUGUCAUAUUUAACAGCAUGUAAACAACUUGCAAUUAUAACUUUGAAUCACUGAUAUCAGUCAAGAAGAGAUCUAAGUUUGGUGUGCUACCUAAUCUACGAUUUCAACGAAUAUGUGCCCAUCAAUGCCUUGACUUGUACAGGGUUACCAGCGUAAUGAUUCAGUGGUGGAAGUGAAUUGUAUGCCCACAAUAGAAUAGUUAGAGGCAAGCGCUACUGAGAUAAUAAAUUCAUUAUGGGCCAUUUAAAAGAGUCAGAAAGCCCUCGGACUCUAAACAGUAGGGCAUGAAAAGCUAAUACCUGUUCUGUGCUAGAGGUAAUCUAUGUUUUUUAGGUUCUGCCUCUAGUUCUAAAGGGUAAAAGUAUAAACAAGUGUAUUUUAUACCCUCAGUGUAUGAGGGCUAUUUAAAAGAAAAGCGGCAAAUACAGACAACUCAAGUGUUUAAGGGAAUGAAAUGAAUGGACACGUAGCACUUAUCAUGGUUAGGCUGCCCCUAGGGUUCUGAGUGUUUUAUUUAUUUAUACGUACUAGUUGUAUUGGGAUAAUUGGGUGAGAGUCAGCACUAGUUAACAAAUUAAAGACAUAAAGUUCAAGUUUGCAGCUUGCAAAGUGGAAGCAGUCACAGUGAAAUGAACAUGCACUUUUGCUGAAACCUGCCAUUCAAGCUGUGCUGAAUCUUGCACGGUGCUGCCAAUAAUGCGCUUUUCAACAGAGGUUAUUGCUUUGAAGAGUAACACAUGGCAUCAGACAGCAUAAGUAUCUCUGUUAUAAAAGAACAAUAUUAUCAAUUAAUCUCUCCAGUAGAUCAGAUUUGCACGGAAAUAUAAUGUCCACUUUACGUGCCUUGCCUUGAAUUAUAACAAAAAAAAAAGUGACAUCACUCCACUUCUUUUGCUGCAUUUAUUAUCAUUUGAAAUCUAUACCAUUUUUAUGGCAGAAUAUUUUGUACUCCAGAGGGGGAAAAUAUGUGACAUCCUGGAUUUUUUAGACAGUUAUACCUUCUCACAUUUAUAAAACAUAUCAUGGCUGUGUAUAAUUGCCGCUUAAAAAUGUAAUCAACCAGCAAUAUUUUCAGUAUUUUGGUGUUUUUUCUAUUAACCUUUCAUGUUUUUCAUCUUCCAGUUAAUAAUGGGAAGGAGGGAGGGGGGCAGGUAUGGGGUUGAAAUUUUUACGAAUUAUGCAAUACCAAGUUUUGCCUAUGUAGGUAGUGCUUUUAGCAGUAUUUGGUUAUUUUAGGUAAUUUCGCAGAUAAAAAAAAAAAAAGAAAAGGACAAAAAAAUAAGAAUUUAAUGUAUGUUUUUUUUUCAAUUGACCAAAGUGGGUACUGCUGUUUUUGCAGUGUGAUAAGGUCCUUUUGUGUACUGACAUGAAGAGGGAAUUUUGUUUUUAUAUAUAUGCGUAUAAAUAUAUAUAUAAAUAUAUAUUAUGGGAGGGAGGGAGGGCAAAAUGAAUACUAAGGUCUUUACACUGCUGCUUUAGGCAGCAUGCCCAUAAAGGGGGCCAUGACUGCAAAGUAAUACUUUUGCCUAGUGUGUCUUCAACAGCACAUAUCACACAGGCUUUUUCUAGAAACAAUUCCUUCCUGGGGUGCCAUUAUUUUUUCAUUUUUAUGCAAAAGUUAAAUAGAAUUCAGCCAUAAUUGAAAACGUUUCACAGUGCUUGUCUUUAAAAAUCGAGAGUCCCUAACUAUUUUUCAUUUGGACUACAUGCUGUAAUAACAUAUUUGCUUUCAUGGAGUGACCACUAAAAAUGAAUCAGAUAGUAUGAACAGAUAGUAUACAGUAUUUUUUGCUUCUAAUGGUUAAUUUGAAUCAUACCAUUCUUUAUGGAAUAACUGAUAUUUUAUAACAUUUGGUAUAACUCUUAUCCCUUCAAUAACUGUAGAUGAAACAAGCCUCCAGAGUCCCCUUGACCAUAUCAACAAUAUAGGUCAUUUUUUCAAGUGCCAAUCACUUUUAUAUCUAGUAUCAUUAUAUAGUAAUUCUGUGUGACUGACUCGAGUGCAUUUUGCAAAAACAGUGAACAGCACAGCAGGAAUAUGUCCAAAUGCAAAUAUGAUCGACAAAGAUAAUUAUCUGUAUACCAGUACUUGUAUUAAUCUGUUUAUGCUACUGGGAUACAUGUAAGGACAAUCAAUAUUGCACAACAAAACCCUUUAAAAAGGCAAAAUAUAUGAAAAUAUUUGACAUCUUUAUUCUUGUAAAGAUGUUUUUAAUAAUCACUUGGAAUACGUGAUAGGGUGCUAGUGCUUCCACAGCAGUUUACAUUUUUUUUAAGCACUGAAUAUAUUGUUUUUAAUUUCAAUUAAAUGCAGCAUUUCACAAGAUCAAUUGUAUUCCACACAAUUACGAAAACCGCUAGGCACAAAACUGCCUUUUUUUAAACAGAUUUUUUUUUGUCUUUUGUGUUUCAAUUUUGUUGCUGUUUUGUUAGUGUAAGUCAAAUAACAUUAUAUAUAUAUAUAUAUAUAUAUAUAUAUAUAUACAUAUAUAUAACGGCUCCUCCUUAUGGAUACAGAAACUACCCCAAUUUUAUAUGCACUGUACUGACUCUGAUAUUGCUUUGCAGUCCUGGCCUCUUUGUCAUCGCCCCUAAUUUUGUGUGUCCCCUAGUUUGACAUGAACAUUUAAAGGCUUAGUUAUUGAAAGGGAAUAACAGAAAAGGAGACUCUACAUAAAAUCAUGGCAAAACAAUUGAACUGAAUGAAAUAUUAUAGCAAUAUAGCUAUGGGGAAAUAUUCAGCUGGGCAGCUUGGAAAAAAAUAUGUGAAUAAAUCUGUGAAGCUGUUAAGUAGCAAGAAGUGAGGGUCUUUGUAAUGAACCUUAGAAACAGUUAUUUGUACACUGUAUAGUUUUAAGAUUUUCUUUGAAUUACAUGUGCCCUCAUUUGUUAAGCUACCUUUUAGCAUUUGUAAUGGGAAUAUAAUUAUUUCCAUUUUUAAGUAAACAAGAAUAUUGCUUGUUUUGGAACUGGACUUGGGUUAAAACUCUCUGGUUCCUUAAUUUAUGUAUUAGAAUUUUCUUUUUUUUAAGUUUUGAAAAAUACUGUCCAUGCUAGGGAUUGUUUCAGAUCUACCUGUACUUAAAAAGUAUAGGUUACUAAUCAUUUAAAAUGUAAAUGGAGAAAAGUUAUAUUUUAUGAAGGUUAUUUUGUUGUAUUUAGUAUUUGAAAAGUUGGUUUUUGGAACAUUUCAGAAUGUUGGAAGCUACACUGUCAUUUUAUUAUUAUAUAUGUCCUCUAGCAAACAGAAUUAUGUGAUUGUUACAUGUUGGUAUUUAAGAUUAGGUUUGAAAAGCAUUCAGGAAAGAGCAAAAAAGAAAUAACAAAACAAUACUUUUUAGUGUCUCACAUGACCAUGUCCUCAGGGAGCAUAAUUUUGGAUUUGCAACUUGUAGCUUCACAAGGACUCUAUGGAAAAUAUAGAACGUAUCCAUCAGUGACACUACCCAUUUUAUUUUGCAUUUUUUGAAAGAUAGGCUGGUGAAAACAAAAAGCCAGAUGGGGACAUCUGGGUAUGGUAGAAGAAUAAUGAUCAGAUCUAUCGUAGUCUCUUUGGAAGGUGGAAAUUGCUCAUUACCUCUUACAGUUUGGUCACUUCCAUAAAAUGUGAGGGCUGUGUGGGAUAGAAAUGGCAAUAGAAGGUUAUUCCAUAUUACUUAUACAUCAUUCAUGGACAAUUAAAGAAAAUAUAUUUUUGCUGGCAGUUAGGCCCCAAUAUACCAUCAAGUACAGUUUACAUAUUUCCAUGGGGGUCUUUUGUUAACAUGCCUGGGAAGUAGAGGCCAGCGGUAGUUAGGAAAAUAUUUGUGACAUUAAGCAAACAUUUGACCUUAUAGACAUACAGUUCAAUCAGGCCAGACAAGUAUAACUAAGUACAGCUUCAUUCUUGCUUCCUGUUUUUUUUUUUUGUAUAAUAAAUUCCAUUGAAAUAGAUUUAAAAUUUCCAGGCUGCGCAAAUGUACCAGAAAAAGCUCAACAACAGAACAUUCUACUCCAUUUAUAUUGAAGGAACUUUAAUGUUGUCCUUCAGAAUUGCACUUUCUGCUAGUUUCCCUGUUUUGUUUUCCUGUUCCCCAACCUAAUUGUGUAGGCCUAGUGGAGCACUGCAGUUGUAGUGUAACAUUAACAACUGAGUUUGCCCAUUGACCUUUCACAAUGACCCGUGCAUCAGCCAAUCUUAUCGCCAUGACAACCCUUUGUAUUGUUUUCAUGCCACAGCUUUGUUGGUCACAUUUUUAUUACUUAAGGGGGACAAAAGAACUAGCUGGAUACGGUCAAUUUUUACAUUUUUUGUUUUGCAAUUUUUAUUUCCUUCAAUGGUUGUAAGUAGUUUUUCUAUGAUAAAAGGUUCAAUAGUUAUUACUCUUUAGAAAUAUCUGUGUGUUGCAAUUCAAAUGUAUGUUGAAUUAGUGAAAUAAAGAGCUUUAGUGUCACUGGCUGUGAGUUGUUUGACUUAAUCCUUUUUGUUGUGUUUAUUGCAUGAUAAUUACAAUUUUAUUUUAUCAGUGGCUUCUAUGAUAGGAUAUCAACAUCAGCUGGUGACACUAAAGCUGGUGUUUGUAAAACUUUAUUUUUGAAAGAAUGGUUUUUGGAAUUGUGCUACAGGGACUGAUGUAGCAACAUGUAUCUUAUUUGGGAAGGAAAUUUUUGUGUUUUUUUUAAGAAGUAUGGCUUAUUAUGCAUUUUUCAUUGAGGGCAUUGAAGUUGCACGGACUGAUAAACGUUAAUGCAAAAUGAGAACGAAAAAACCAGCAAAAUGUUUACCAAAUACUCAAAAUAAGUUAGCAGUGCCUGUUCAAUUUCACAGUCUCUGUUGAGUUCAGUUGUAAAUAUGUUUCAGAUAGCAUUUUCUUCUUCACAAAUAAUUAAUUUGAAAAAAAAAAAAAAAAAAAAUCACUUCUACAUCAGGUAGAAUGUGAGGGAGUAACUCAGUCCAAGACCAGAGCUUCUAAAAUAGCUUAAUUGGAUGAGGCAAUCUUCAUCAAGCUGUUUGUUUGUGCUUCUCAUAUAGGACUUUUUGGAAGCUUGGGAGAAAGUUACCCCAAUAUCAAUGAUAUUUCUCUGAGAACAACCUUUUGUAGGACUGUGUGUUUCUUUAGAUAAUUUAGUACAACUGUAGGUGACUAGUAGUCAGUUUAUUGCUUGCUAGCUACACACCAGGGUUGAUCCAUUUUAAAACUUUUGGCACAUACCUUGUUAACAGGUUAAUACUGGGCACUUUCAUAUGUAUCAGUGAACCUCAGCCUCUGCUUGCUAAGGAACGUCUAGAGCACUAGCCCAUCUUUAAAACUCCAAGAGCUCAUAUUUAGUUAUUUUCUUCCUGUGUGCUGAUCUAUCUUUUAAGUCAAGCACUUUAAUUGCUUCUAUUUGAGAAGAAAAGUCCACCUCAAGACGUAAGAUUCUUGCAGUGGGCAGUAUAUGUUUCCAUAGGGGUCCAGUAACACUGAUAUAGAUUUCUCUGAAUUCUGUAUCACAUGGCCUCCUAAUAGAACACAGAGUUGGAAAUUAAAGUUUAUUAUGUCAGGGUGCUGAAUAAUUAAGCUCUUUUGGGUAAUUUCUUCACAAGUAACAAAUUAGCUCCAAUUUGCCACAAGUUUUAAACUGGUGUAAAUCAAGCUUGACUUAUGUGAUUGUUACUGUUAUAUCCAGCCUAUACUGCUAGCAGCUGCUCAUACUGCAGUCAAUUACUGGAAGCGGAUAUAUUUCCUAUGCAAAAACUGUUUAAACAAUAAAUGAGCUAUGCUACAGA